AUGAAGCUUUCCAUUGGCAUCAUUUUCUGCUGCCUGGUCCUGGGUGUCAGCAGCCAAAGAUGGUUAGAUUUCCUCAGGGAAGCUGGUCAAGGAACUAAAGACAUGUGGAGAGCUUACUCUGACAUGAGAGAAGCCAAUUACAAAAAUUCAGACAAAUACUUCCAUGCUUGAGGGAACUAUGACGCUGCCCAAAGGGGGCCUGGGGGUGCCUGGGCUGCAAAAGUGAUCAGCGAUGCCAGAGAGGGUUUCCAGAGCUUCACAGGCCACGGAGCAGAAGACUCAGCUGCCGACCAGGUUGCCAACGAAUGGGGCCGGAGUGGCAAAGACCCCAACCACUUCAGACCUGCUGGCCUGCCUGAGAAGUACUGAGUUUCCUCUUCACUCUGCUCUCAGGGGACCAGG